AUGGCGCGUGGCUGGGUGGCCCAGGCGAAUUUCGAGGACCUCGACCGUGGAGACGAGGACCUCUGGGAGGCGCUGGAGGCCGUCGUGCCCGCGCCCGAGGUGGACGGGCCCGUGCCGAUCGACCUGUUGGCGGUGGCCCAGGGCGAAUGCUACUGCAGCACGGGCAGCACAGCAGGCGGCCUCGAGCAGUGCCGGUUCGCGUGGCGGGCGCUGCGGGUCUCCAGCGCAGUGCCGCCGCGGCGCUUCGCGACGGCCGAGUUCCUUGUCCGCGACGACGGCUACUGGGACUGGUGGGCCAGCCAGCCUGGGCAGCCGAGCGCGGUGACAGAACGCCCGUUCAUCCACGUGUGCUCGGGGAACCCGUGCUCAGUCGUGGAGGGGCCAGGGACGUGCACCGAGCUGGUCCACGUGGCGGACGGGGAGGAGCUCGGCCUCACGGACCUGCGGGCGCUGUUCGUCGAGUGCCAGGAGGCGCGCCCGGAGGCGGCUGGCAAGGAGCCUGUGAAGAAGCGGUCGCUCGGGGACCUGCUGGUCGAGCGCGCCGCGAAGCUCACGAGGGCCGCCUCGGACGCGGGCCCCCGAGGGUCAGGGGACCCCGUGCCCGAGCAGUCGCCGCCAGGAGCUGGUCUGAGCGGCGGCACGGCGGAGCUGGCGCAGGCGGUCGUGAAGGCCAUCCGCGAGGGCAAGGAGGCUCCCCCUGGCGGCAGCGGCGGGGACGGCCUCGGCUCCCUGGACCCCGCGGCGGUGCCGCGCGACCUGGCCACGAGGAGGGGGGAGGCGGCCGUCGACGCGACGGGCCCGAUCGCGCUGCGGUACCUCCUCAAGGUCUACCUGCCGCAGCAUCCGGUGAAGGAGAUCGGCGUGCAGACGCACCGUGUGUUCCGCACCCUCGCGGAGGCGGUGGACCUGCUGAUGCAGGGGAAGGUGGCCCACGCCUGCGACCUGAUCGUCCAGCGCCUAAGGGCGCUGCAGGUGGCAACGACGGACGGCUCGUGGGCGGCGGCGAGGUGGUUGGUACUGAUCCCGCCGCGCAGCGAUCCCACGGCCAUCUGCAGCGAGGAGGAGGAGCUCAUCCGCAGCAUCCAGCUCGGCGGGAUGAGGUUGGACGAGCUCUCCGCGCGCCUGGCCUCCGCCAAGGCGCCGGGAUGGGGCGGAGGCCCGACGGGGGCGCGCCCGCCGCUGGCGCCUCCGUCUGUUGGCCAGGGGUCGGCAGCCCCACCGCCGUGGAAGAUGUCCUUCGCGGAGAUGCGGAAGGAAUUCCCGAAGCAGCCAGUGGAAACGAACACCCUGCACCGCCUGCGAGCCUUCAAAGCUCGCGCGGCGGGCGUCGCGGAGCCCCCGCUGGCCACCGCGCUGCAGUGCUGGGCCGACGAGCUCUCCCUCGGCUUCGGCAAGAGCCUCGUCGCGGUCGACCUGGCGGCGCAGCUGGCAGCAGCAGUACGACGCCACCCAGGCAGCCUUGGCCACUUCGCUCGGUCGUUCAGCAUGCGUGCGGACACAUUUUGUGGGAGCGGAGGGUCGUCGAACAGGAGGGUUCGGGACGCCCUGCCGCUUCCCCUUCCGUCGACCGAGGAGGUGGGCCGCUGGCUGGCCCACAGUGCCUUGCCCAAGGCACGCAGGUGCCGCCGCCGCGCCGUGGCGCGGGAGGUCAGCGAGCAGGCGUGGCUGCACCUCAGCGUGGUGGCGCUCAACUAUGUGUUCUGCGGCCGCUCGCAGGGAAGCUGGAGCCACAGGCUGACCCUGUCGAAGGCGCAGGCGCGGGUCUACGUGCAUUUGAAGAGCCGAGCGGCGGCCUUGGCGGAGGACCCGCUCGCUAUGGUCGUGGCCCCUGCGAUCGACGAGCUGGCGGGCGGCUGCGAGUCAGCGUACGAGGGCGAGACAGGCGUGAAGGCCCUCCCCUGCCGGCUCUGCGAGCUGGCCCCUGGCCUGCCCACGCGGGAGUGCGCUGCCACGCUCGACGCUACCGACUUCGUUGGCGCCGAGGUCGACGCCUGGCUGCGCCGCCCCGAGCUGGCGCUCCUCGACCAGUCCGACUGGCCCGACCCGUCGCCGCGGGCCCGCGUGAACGUGGAGACGGAGGCGGACUGGGAGGAGCUGGUGCUGCACCUCGUGUCGCUCAGCAUCUUCACCACGCCCGCGGAGAGCGAGCUGGUCCGCGUGAGGGGCGAGCCCGUGCUGAUCGGCCUGUUCGCGGUGGAGAAGAAGGGCACCCCAGCGCCUGACGCCACGCGGGUCACCAGGCUCAUCCCCGACAUGGUGCCAGGCAACUCGCUCCUGAAGGCCCACGUGGGCGAGGCGGCGCUGCUCGCGGCCUCGGCGUCCUGGACGGCGGUCGUGGUCCCCGACGGGAAGCUGCUGCUGUGGUCGGGCGACGACCAGAAGGGGGCAUUCUUCGUGUGGCGGGUCUCGCCCGCGUGGCACCCCUACAUGGCCGUGGGGCGGCCGCUCGCGGGCGAGCUGUUUGGCCGCUCGGAGCCCGUCGUCUACGUGACCUCGGCUGUCAUCGCCAUGGGCUGGUCGCUUGCGGUGCCCGUCCUCCAGCACAUUCGCCGACGGCUGUGCCGCCUGGCGCCGCCCCUCGGGGCGGGGCUUCCCCUAGACGGGGAGUGGCGCAGGGAUUGGGCGCGGCCCCUGGUCGAGGCUGGCAGCGGCCAGGACGCUGGCUGGUGGCAGGGCUACAUCGACGACUUCGAUGCGCCGGAGAUCGUCGAGGAGGUUUUGGCCUGCAAGCUCGUAGGGGCCCCGAGCGACCUCCAGCUGCAGGUCCGCGCCAGCUGCGAGAGGGCGAGCGCCUCCUUCUCGGCCGAGAAGGCGCACUGCAGGCAGCUGAAGGUCAAGCGCAUGGGCGCGGACGUCGACGGCGUCGGCGGGCGCCUCGCGGUCCCCGCCUCCAAGGCGCUGGCCACUGCGGGCCUUUGCUUGGCCGCGGUGCCGCGGCGCCUGGUCCCGCGGCGCGUUGCCAUGGCGGCCCUCGGCAUGCUCGCGAGGGUCCUCGAGUUCAGGCGGCCGCUCCUCGGGGUCCCGCACUCCGUCUGGGCGCUGGCUGCGUCCUCGGCGCAGGAGGCUUACCUGGACGCGGAGAUGGUGGAGGAUCUUCUCAUGGGCGUGAUGGACGUCGCCGCCGCCUUGCAGGUGCCGAGGACGGUCCCCGACCAGCUGGGGAUAGGGGCCAGGCUCCUCGACAUGGCCGAGGAUCCCGCCCGACCGUGGGCGGCAGCCAACCCACGCGUCCCCGCCAGAGCAGUCCGCAGGGUGUUGUCGGUGCUGCUCAUCUGCCUGUUCGACGGCAUCGGAGGCCUCGCCGUCGCCUUCUCGAGGCUGCCCUUCCGCAUCGCGGCCUGCGUCGCGGCCGAGACGGACGCCGAGGCGAGGCGCGUUGUCAGGCUCCGCUGGCCAGGUGUCAUCGGCUGGGGCGACGUCACCCGCGUGGGCAGCGAGACGGUGCGGGACCUGUUCGAGGGGUUCGGCGGCCUCGUUGAGCCCGUGGCGGUCGCUGCGGGCAGCCCCUGCCAUCGCCUGUCACGCCUCGACGUCGGCGGGCGCGGCCUCAGCGGUAGGGAGUCCUUGCUGUCCCACGAGGUGCCGCGUAUCCUGGCUCUCCUCGCCGCCGUCUUCAGGGACAAGCUCGUUUGGGUCGUGGAGAACAUGGCCAGCAUGUCCAGCGUCAAUGUGGAGCUGAUCUCGGAGGCGCUGCAUGUGAGACCGACGCUGGCGUGCUCGUCGGUGUUCGUGCCGUGCCGCAGGCCGCGCCUGUUCUGGACGAGCUGGGGCGUCACCUCAUCGGCGCCUCUUCGGCUGACCGACCGCGGGGUCUACGACGAGCUGGUGGGCCCUGGCGUCCCGCUUAUGGACCUCGCGUGGGAGGACGAGGGCGGCUCUUGGCCAGGGAGACCGGGGUACACCUCCCUAGCCACCCAGGGCUCGAACCCUCAGGACGCCUUCGACGCCAGGGCCUUCCUCAUCGGCAACAGCUUCAGUAUUCACGACGUGGCAUGGUUGCGCCAGCAACUCCUGCACCGCCGCGGCGCGCUGGACAGGGAGCUGUCGAUAGAAGAGGCGCCCCCCGUCCGCGAGUGCCAGGUGACGUGGGACCAGGCGGGGGCCUUCGUCACGGAGCCAGGGGGGCCGGACACCGCGGAGGCGAGACAGCUGGUCCUGCACUACCUCAGCCGCACGGAGAAGGGCGGGUCGGACGUCAGGCUGGACUACGGCGUCCCCUGCCGCCCGCGAGGUUGGCCGAGGACGAACCUGGGCCCGUUUGCGUGGAAGUGGCGCGUGGCGGUCAGCAUGGCGUGGCCCGGGCGGAACUCCACCCACAUAAGCGUGAGAGAGCUGCAGGCGGCCACGUCGGCGAUCAGGUGGCGCGCCCGCAAGGUCGUGCGGCACGGGAGCAGGUUCUUGCACCUCGUCGACAGCCGGGUGGUCGCGGCCAUCGUGACGAGGGGCCGCGGCAGCAGCAGGAAGCUCCAGCCCAUCCUGAUGCGCCGGAUGGCCGUCGUCGUGGCGGCCGACAUGUACCCACUGAUCGGCUGCGUGGUCUCGGAGGACAUCCCCGCGUGGCUCGGCCCGUGCCCGCAAGGCGCCGCGGGACGCGCUGCCAGACUCUCUUCCCUGACAGUGUCGGCGGAGACGCGGCGGCGCUACGGGCGGGCUCCGCGGGCCCUGCUGGCCCACUUCGGAGCUGAGCAGGCGGGGGCGGACGCUUUGCGCGGCGACCCCGAGGACGCCGACGCCCUCGUCGCGGAGUACCUCGAGGACCUGUGGGCCUCUGGUGCGGGCAGCGCGGCCGCCAGCAACACGCUGGCAGAGGUGUGCUUCGCAACGCCUCGCCUGAGGCGACACCCUGGCCUGAGCGGGACUCUCCUCAGGGCAUGGAGGCAGCAUGGGCCAGCGCCCAGGGUGCUGCUGCUCACGACCCAGGCCGUCGCGGCCAUGGCGGGGAUCGCUUGCGCUGCAGGCGCUCUCGACGCGGCCGCCCUGACGGUGAGCGACAUCGUCGACCGCGACAUCGUCGACGAGCUGUUCGUGGUCCGCGUCAGCUCGUCCAAGACCGCGGACUGCGCGGAGGCAGUCAUCGUCCGCGGCAGGAUGGCCGCGGUGCUCCUGCGGAUGGCAGGCCGCGGCCUUGGUGCAGGUGCGCGGCUCUCCACCGCACGCCUGCGCAUCGAGGGCGCGGUGGCCAGCUCAGUGCCCGCCAGCCCGGGAGCAGGGCAGCCCGCGCCGUUGCGCGAGGACAAGGCAGCUUUCGAGAUGGAGAAGGCCAAGUACUUGGCAGACCACCCCGACCACAUGGAGCAAGUGGAGCAGGCGUACUCGAGCGCAGGAGACAAGUACCGGCUGAAGCGUUUGGCCGCGGCGGCAGCAAUGAUCGAUCGCAUGCGCUUCUGCCUUGCAAUCCAGUCGUUGCAGAGCGUGUGGGCCAUCCAGGUCUCGACCGGCGGGGCACCGACCGAGGCCAGCGCCCUGCGUGGGAGCCGCCAUGCGCUGAACAUGAGCACCCGGCUGGGUGCGAUCCUGUCGUUCCCCGGCGUCACGUGGGCCACGAGCACUCUGACUGAGGGAACGCUGUGCUGGACAGACCGCGCAUCUUACUAUUACUAUUCCGUCAGUUCGAGCGGCAUCCCAUCUGGCACUACGUUCUGGAUGGGGCCCCACAAAACUUAUCCGGAGGGCAGCUUUGAGAUCACCGCCCUGGAGUCCGGCACGCUGUACUUCUGGAGCGAGACUAACUCCACACGCGACGGCGGAUUCGAGGCGGCGUAUUCGGGCUCUGCAGUGGGCACGAUGACGUGGAACGGCCACGCCAUGACUACGUACUCGAUGCCAGUGACGAGUGGGUCGACCGUGUCCAUCGUCAAGGGGACGGCCCAGUUCGUCGGUGGGUUUGCGUGGGUGCCGGCCCCCGUCGCAGUGCACGGCCGCAGUGGCGGGUGCAGGCGGCGGCUUCUCGCCCGCCGCCCGGUGGGGCCCGCCGGGCUCCUGCAGUGUGCGAGGCUGCUUCUGCUCCCGAGUGGUUUCGAGGCUGGACAGAACCCCCAACAGUGACACGUCGAUUAGUGAAUUGUCCGUUUUCGGUUCUCGAGAGGGCGCCGUGGCCGUUAUUUUCCAGGUUUGCGCCCUCCAGGUUUAGGCCUCAGGUCGUUUUCACUAAACCACGUUUUACUAAAGGGGGGUCUGUCCAUCCCUGAGAGGCUGCUUCUGCUCCCGAGUGGUUCUUUGCCUCCUCGCUCUUUUCCGCGCCUUCCGUGUUCUCACGGCUCUCCCCACGAUCGGGCGAAGAGAACUACGUAUGCACAUGCACCGAUCUUGGCAAGGCCCAUCCUUGACCCAGGAUCGGUGCAUAUGCCUUCCUGGCCAGGGUAGGAGGGCGUAUGCACCGAUCCUGGGCUCAGGGUGGGCCUGGCCAGAAUCGGUGUAUGUGCAUAGUUCUCUUUCCUCUGUCGCUCUUUUCCGCGUCUUCCGUGUUCUCACGGCUCUCCCCACGAGUCAUGAAACUCGUUUUCGCUUCGAGAAGCCCCGCCAGCCCAUUCAGAAACCCUGCCCAGGAGAGCUGAC